AUGAAUCUAUCUAUCUAUGUCUGUUCAGAUCUAUCUAUCUAUCUAUGUCUGUUCAGAUCUAUCUAUCUAUCUAUCUAUCUAUGUCUGUUCAGAUCUAUCUAUCUAUCUAUCUAUCUAUGUCUGUUCAGAUCUAUCUAUCUAUCUAUCUAUCUAUCUAUGUCUGUUCAGAUCUAUCUAUCUAUCUAUCUAUGUCUGUUCAGAUCUAUCUAUCUAUCUAUCUAUGUCUGUUCAGAUCUAUCUAUCUAUGUCUGUUCAGAUCUAUCUAUCUAUCUCUGUUCAGAUCUAUCUAUCUAUCUAUCUAUGUCUGUUCAGAUCUAUCUAUCUAUCUAUCUAUCUAUGUCUAUCUAUCUAUCUAUCUAUCUAUGUCUGUUCAGAUCUAUCUAUCUAUCUAUCUAUCUAAACCCAUCUAUCUAUAUAUCAUGUCUGUUCAGAUCUAUCUAUUAUCUAUCUAUGUCUGUUCAGAUCUAUCUAUCUAUCUAUCUAUCUAUCUAUCUAUGUCUGUUCAGAUCUAUCUAUCUAUGUCUGUUCAGAUCUAUCUAUCUAUCUAUCUAUCUAUGUCUGUUCAGAUCUAUCUAUUCCAUCUAUCUAUGUCUGUUCAGAUCUAUCUAUCUAUAUCUAUCUAUGUCUGUUCAGAUCUAUCUAUCUAUGUCUGUUCAGAUUCAUCUAUCUAUGUCUGUUCAGAUCUAUCUAUCUGUGUUCAGAUCUAUUCAUCUAUCUUCUAAUCUAUCUAUCUAUCUAUCUAUUUGA